UUUGCAAUACCAAUAAGGCAGGCCAUCAUGAGGCUAGCAAAUCAGAAUAAAUUCAUCAGAGACGAAGCAAAAACAUUGGGCCCAUACUUCUGCGGAGUGGGCGCGGGCAGGUCGUUUGGCCGAGACAUCGUGGACAGUCACUACAAGGCCUGCGUAUACGCUGGAGUGAAGAUCUUCGGUACCAACGCAGAAUCUAUGCCCUCUCAGUGGGAGUUCCAGGUGGGCACGUGUGAAGGUAUAGAGAUGCCGGACCACUUGUGGAUGGCUCGCUUCCUGCUGCACCGCGUGUGUGAAGACUUUGGGGUGAUCGCAAAUCUGGACCCCAAACCCGUGCAGGGAGACUGGAGUGGGUCUGGUUGCCUUACCAACUUCAGUACAGAGGCCAUGAGAGAAGAGGGAGGGAUGAAACACAUAGAAGACGCCAUUGAGAAGCUGAAAAAGCGCCACGCCCACCACAUCCACUGCUAUGACAUGCACGACGGCGAGGACAACAAGCGCAGGCUGACAGGCGUCCACGAGACCCCCAGCAUCGACCAAUUCUCCGCAGGCACCGCCGACCGGGCUGCCUGCAUCCGUAUCCCACGUCGCGUGGGCAAGGAUGGCCAGGGUUAUUUUGAGGACCGCCGCCCAGCUGCCAACUGCGACCCCUACAUGGUGACAGAGGCCAUUGUCCGUACCUGUCUGCUGGGGGAGACUGACAGUGACUGAGGCUCUGCGGGGGUGGGGGGACUGUGGC